AACAAGCGAAUAAUCGACAUUUUCUUUUGUUCCAGGGAUCUGAGGUUCAACAAAAUACGAAGCUUGGAACCGGGGAGUUUCAGUCAUCUGAAACAACUGACGACUCUGAUUUUAAACAACAACUACAUCACGACGCUGGACGAGGGGACUUUCAGAGGUUUAUCCGAACUAAGGCAUCUGUACCUCUACAAAAAUAAAAUUCAGAAUGUUCACGAGCUGGCUUUUGAUGGGAUGCCAAAGCUGCAGCAGCUAUAUUUGCACUACAACAGAAUUGAAAAUAUCCACCCCAGGACCUUUGACCAGAUACCCGAAUUGCUGAGACUGUUUCUCCAUGAGAAUCGUAUAAAGCACAUUUACCAUGGUACUUUCGACAAAUUGAAGGAGUUGCAAAGGCUACGUCUCGACGGAAAUGCGCUCGUCUGCGACUGCAGCAUCAUGUGGUUUAAAAAGAUGCUCCAGGAAAUGAAAGGCGCUCAGGUCGCUGCGUCAUGCCAGUAUCCCGAAAACAUGAGAGGUCUUCCUGUUUCCGACAUGCCCAACGAACUGAACUGCAAUGAACCUAGGAUAGUAGAAGGGCCUCAUGAUGUUGAGGUCAACUUUGGAGGUUCCGCCUCAUUCACCUGCAGGGUUGACGGAGAUCCUCAUCCAAAAAUCACUUGGAUGCUAAAUAACAAUGAAAUUGAUAUGACUAAUCCAAAGUACCAUGUGAAAGAAGACGGCACACUUAUUGUUUCAUCGACGACUUCAGCCGAUCUGGGUGUGUAUGAGUGCAUGGCCCAAUCGCCAUACGGAUCCUUGAAAUCUGACGCUGCAACGAUGAAGCACAAAAAGAAAAGAGAAAAGCUGGAAUUCGUGCGGAGGCCUAUUGACCAAGUGGCCAAAGAAGGUGACACCGUACAGCUGGAAUGUUCAGUCAAAGGUGAUGUCGCUCCAUUGAUUACUUGGACAAAAGACGACCUACCCGUACCUGCCGCAAGAGCUACAAUUUCUCCUGAAGGGACAUUAACAAUAAACUCAGUUACUAUCGAAGAUUCAGCCCUAUACAGGUGCAAUGUUGACAGUAUCGGAGGACGAAUUUCAACAUCAGCAGAACUUGUAGUAAAUGCUCCACCUAAAAUUACAACCCCGCCUGAAAGCCAAUGGGUCAAAAGCGGUGUUGAUGUGGAAAUGAAGUGUGUAGCAUAUGGCUAUCCAAAUCCAAUUAUAACAUGGUACAAAGAUGGAAACACUGUCCAGCCAACUGAUAGAAUUAAAUUAAAGGAAGAUAACCACAUUGUAAUAAUUCAAAAGGUAGAAGAGACUGACAGUGGUCUCUAUACUUGCUUGGCUCAAAGCAUUCAUGGAAAUGCUGAAUCGAACGGAGAACUUAGAGUGCGUCCAGAUGGGCCAAGGCCCCCGAGUUUCAUCGAGACUCCUUACCCGUUGGUUGCAACAAUCGGUACAUCAGUAGAAAUGCCUUGCAGGGCGCAAGGUGACCCACAGCCAGUGAUCUCCUGGUCUAAAAAUGACCAACCUUUAAACAGUGAUUCAAAACAUAGAGUACACCCAAGCGGUCAUUUAAGAAUUUACAAUCUCUCCAACAAUGAUAGUGGACUUUACGUUUGUAAAGCGGUAAAUACUUUUGGUGAAAAGAGUGUUAGUGCAACACUUACACUAGCAGAAGGUUUAAAUGAUUACAUAAUCACAAAUGCAGUUCAUGAUGCAGAAGCAUCAGUUGAUCAUGCAAUUAGUUCAACGAUAUCUGAUAUAUUUUCUAGCAACGCUUCAAAGUCGCCUAACGAUUUGAUGAGAUUAUUCCGUUAUCCUGACUCAGAAGCAAGAGCAGCAGUUAGAGCAGCUGAUGUUUAUGAGAAUGCCUUGUUAAACAUAAGAAAGCAUAUUACAAGUGGUUUACAUUAUAAUGGCACACAAGAUUUUUCUUAUGAGGAAGUUCUAUCUCCAGACCAACUGUUACUCAUCGCUAGAUUAUCGGGAUGUAUGGAACAUCAGACAGCGAAUUGUAGUGACAUGUGUUUCCAUAACAAAUAUCGUACGAUUGACGGUACAUGCAACAAUCUUCAACACCCGUAUUGGGGAGCUUCCCACAUUGCUUUCAGACGGCUCUUAAAGCCAAUUUACGAAAACGGAUUUAGCCAGCCUGUUGGUUGGAACAAAGAUCGGAAAUACCACGGCUACUCAUUGCCUUUGGCGAGAUCCGUUUCCCUGGCUUUGAUAAAAACGGAAAACACAUCACAAGACGAUGAAAUCACUCAUAUGGUAAUGCAAUGGGGACAGUUUCUCGAUCAUGAUUUGGACCAUGCUAUACCUUCAACCACAGCUGAAAGUUGGGAUGGUGUUAAUUGUAAAAAGAGCUGUAGUUUUUCACCACCUUGCUUCCCUAUGGAGAUGAUGGCAGACGACCCAAGGCCUAAAAAGCGGCGUUGUAUGGAUUUUAUCAGAUCCAGUGCCAUUUGUGGUUCAGGUGUUACUUCAGUUUUCUUUAAUAAAAUCCAACCAAGAGAACAAAUCAACCAGCUCACAGCCUUUAUCGAUGGCUCACAGGUUUAUGGUUUCCACUUAAAUAGAAGUAUACUGCUUCGUGAUUAUUCACAAGAUCUUGGAUUGUUAAGAGUCGGUAUUGACCCACCGGUUAAAGACAAAGGGUUACUACCACAAGCAGGUGACAAUGAAGUAGACUGCAGAAGGGAUCCGACUGAAAGUGACUUGAAAUGUUUCUUGGCCGGAGACAUUAGAGUUAAUGAACAGGUUAGUUUAAUUGCCAUGCAUACUAUCUGGCUCAGAGAACAUAACAGGAUUGCUAAAGAGCUCAAAGAAGUAAACCCACAUUGGACUGGUGAAAUUCUGUUCCAUGAAGCGCGGAAAGUAGUUGGCGCAGAAAUGCAGCACAUAACAUAUCAGCAUUGGCUCCCACACAUUUUAGGACCAAAAGGAAUGGAGAUGCUAGGCCCUUAUACAGGCUACAACCCUAAUGUUGACCCUGGGAUUUCGAAUGUUUUUGCAACUGCUGCCCUUCGGUUCGGCCACACUUUGAUCAAUCCCGUAUUAUCACGUCUGGAUGAGAAUUUCAGAAGCAUCCCUCAGGGUGAUUUACCAUUGGGCAAAGCGUUUUUCGCGCCGUGGAGAGUUAUCGAAGAAGGAGGCAUAGAUGCUUUAAUGAGAGGAAUGUUUAUUUCACCGGCUAAGAGGAAACAACCCAAGCAAAACCUGAACUCAGAAUUAACUGAGCAUUUGUUUACAUCUUUCCAUGCCGUUGCAUUGGACCUGGCCUCGAUGAACGUCCAAAGGUCUAGAGAUCAUGGAAUACCAUUCUACAACGAAUUCAGAGAAUAUUGCAAUCUGACCAAGGCCAGUAGUUUCGACGACCUCAAAAAUGAGAUUACAGAUGAUGAAGUAAGAAGGAUAUUGCAACAGCUAUAUGGACAUCCUGAUAACAUUGAUAUAUUUGUUGGUGGCAUAUUAGAAGAUCAAAUUGAUGGUGCUCGAGUAGGACCAACAUUCAGAUGUCUUUUAGUCGAACAAUUUAGAAGGAUUCGGGAUGGUGAUAGGUUUUGGUAUGAAAACCCUUCAACAUUCAAAGCUUCUCAGCUGCCUCAGAUAAAGCAGAGUUUGCUAAGCCGGAUAUUAUGUGACAAUGGUGACAACAUAACAAGAGUGACUCCAAACGUAUUCCUGUUACCGCAUUUGCAAACACCAAAUAUUAUAGAUUGUACUGAUGUUCCUAGUAUAGAUUUAAGGUUCUGGUAUGAAUGUGAAGAUUGUGAAAAAGGCGCAUCGUCGCGUAAUCACUUCGAUGAAAAUGUCUCUAAUCUAAUGGAAAACAAAGUAGACGGGCUUGUAGAAGAGGUUGAGGAACUAAAGAAGACAGUGAAAAAUCUCAAAAGAAAACUGAGAAGCUUGCAGAAAGAUGGAUGUACGGAUCACAAAGGAAAACAGAGGAAUGAUGGUGAAACUUGGCAAAAAUCUCCCUGUGUUAUGUGUGAAUGUGAGGGAAAACAGGUCUCGUGUCUGCGGAAAUCCUGUCCUAAACUAAACUGUAGUCAAGUAGAAACACCCCCAAAUAAAUGUUGUCCCCAAUGUGUAAAUUGAAGCACACUUACUUCUUUCUGAGGUUAUGUUGCUUAACUUUAAAAAACUGCCAUUAUUUUUAUUGUAUAUAUUAUUAAGUGACGUGUGCUUCCUCUUUUUCUUUCAUCAAGAAAACUUUGCUAAAAUGGUUAUAUAAUUGUUGUAUUAUACAGUCUAAUGUUUAAAUGUUUAUUAAUAUUUUAAGCUUUUAUAACCUAUUGUGAUAAAUGUUUGUUAAGUUAUUAUUUUAAACUAUUUGUCUCAUUUUGGUUAGGUUGUUUGGUAGAUAAAUAACCUCAUACCCAUCCACUGAAUGUGGUUCUUUCACUUUAUAUCACACAGUAAUGCAACACCUCUGAGGGUCCAAUGCCUCGGAUUGUUAUCGGUUUCAAAGUCGAUUGAGCCUACAUAUUUUUGGUCAGUCCUUUGCGGCUUCCUGUAAAUGGGACAUUCAUACAGUUUUGGAUCUUUGCCUGCUGUCGUGUUAAUGGCGUAUAUGUAAAUAACAGGCAUCUGUUCAUAAAGCACUUUUGACUUGCUCUCUAUCAACUUCCCAGUGCGACGGUCCAAGCUGGCUCCCUCAAGAAACAAGCCGUGGACGUACACUCCUUCUGGCGGAACAUCGGAUAUCUCCUCUUUAUUGUGCCUGGUAAUGAGGUUCUGAAGAACGACCGAAUCCAAAGCCCAGCCUUUAUGUCCCCGAGUCACUUCCUAGUAAUUUAAAGGAUAAGACUGACCAAGAUUUACAUUAAAAAUAAAUUUACCUGUCUCAUCGCCGUGAGAAACCCUUGUGGAUUGAAAAACCCUGUCAUCCAGAACACAUUCGGCCUCCCGUUGUGAAGCCACUUUUUAAAUUGGGCCUCUCUUUCAAGUAGUUCAGUGUACCAAAAACCAAGAGUCGCAGAUUCCCAUGAACACUACGACCAUAAUUUUAAAAAUUGUGUUUAGAAAUAAAAUUGUAAUUAAUGUAAUAUAGAGGAAAUAAAAACUAUAAUCUUUUUUGUGU